AAAAGCCAAUGUAAGAAUUACACACAGAGAAAAAGAGAGAAAAUGAUGGCAAUGGAUACAAUGGUGGCAGAGGGUCCAAGAAGCCCAGAAGCGAAGCUUGGGUUGAGAGUGGAGGAUCUUUGGGAUGUUAUGGAGCCACAGCUAAGUCCUACUGAGAAGCUUAAUGCCUGCUUUGAAAGCAUCCCAGUCUCUGCGUUCCCAAUGGCUCCUUCAAACAAAGAACUUGAGAUAAAAUCAGAUGCCACACUAGCCGAAGCUGUAAAAGUGCUGGCACGUCACAACAUUCUGAGUGCACCUGUGGUGAAUGUUGACGCACCUGAAGAUGCAAGUUGGCUUGAUAGAUACAUCGGAAUAAUUGAGUUUGCUGGAAUUGCUGUAUGGAUUCUGCAUCAGUCUGAACCUACAACUCCUACAAGUCCAUCCACUCCAAACACUCCAACCAGUGCAAGUGCUAUUGCAGCUAAAGCAAACGGAUUAACCUUUGCUCUAGAACUUGAAAAUUUAGGCCUUGGAUCUGCUGCAACUACUUCAGGGAACUUCUUUGAGGAUCUCAUUUCUUCUGAACCUUACAAGAACACCAAGGUCUGCGAUAUUUCAGGGACGUUCCGGUGGGCUCCAUUUCUUGCUUUGGAGAGAUCGAACUCGUUUCUAACCAUGCUGUUGCUGCUUUCUAAGUACAAGAUGAAGAGUGUCCCUGUGGUGGAUUUAGGUGCUGAUAGAAUUGACAACAUUAUUACACAAUCUGCAGUGAUUCAUAUGCUAGCGGAAUGUGCCGGGCUUCAGUGGUUUGAAAGCUGGGGAACCAAGAGUCUAUCUGAAGUCGGUCUUCCCUUGGUGACACCAGACCAAAUCAUCAAGGUAUAUGAGGAUGAACCAGUGCUUCAAGCAUUUAAAUUGAUGAGGAAGAAGAGGAUUGGAGGGGUGCCUGUGAUGGAUAGGGAUCAAGGCAAGGCAGUUGGUAACAUAAGCUUGCGAGAUGUUCAGUUCUUGCUAACUGCCCCAGAAAUCUACCAUGAUUAUAGAUCUAUUACAGUAAAGGACUUUGUGACAGCAGUUAGAAGCUACCUAGAGAAGAAUAAAGAUGCAAACCCAAUGUCAAGUGAAUUGGUUACAUGUAAAAUUGAUUGCACGAUCAAGGAUCUGAUUAAAUUGCUUGAUGAUGAGAAGAUUCAUCGGGUCUAUGUCGUGGAUGAUGAUGGGAAUCUACAAGGACUUAUCACGCUGAGGGAUAUCAUCUCAAGGCUAGUACACGAGCCACGUGGCUAUUUCGGUGAUUUCUUUGAUGGCGUUCUUCCCCUGCCUCUGGAUUGCCGGGUUUGACAACCAAACUGUUAAUUAAGAAUAACAUGCUGUCUCAGUAUCUUUUUUUAUAUAUAAUUAUGUUCUAAAAUGAAAAAAAAAAUUACAAAUAGAUCUAUGUGCUUCUCUUCAGCGUUGAAGAUGGGAGCUUGGACCUUUGUAGUAUUAGGCUGUGUGCAAGUUGCUUGCUCCGCAUUUUGACCAGUGUCGUAGUGUGAGAUUUUGAGUACUGUAAAUUAACCAUGACUUUUGUCAACUUCUGUAAUUUAACAAACCCUUAUUUUUUGGAUAAUUGAACAAGGUUCGAUAUUCAAAACGAAUAUAGUACUCAGAACCUAAUGGAAAUUGGAAAAUUCAUUACCA